UUCCAACAGCUCUAGCUACUGGGUGUCAUAAUAGCAUAGUGUACGCAUUCAACGUUAUGCCAUAGCCAACGAGCUCUAUUAUGGACUCAUUAGUGCAUAUGGUUAUCGUAGUAAUAGUCAAUCAUUGACGCUACCACCUCUUACUCUAGUUGGCUUCCACUAGCGUCCAUAUGGCAGCUGCUAAUUUCUUUCUGUUCCUUAUUAUUAAUUUCAUAUUCUUCCUGACUGUACACCUCUGGUCUAGAAGAGCUAACCAGCUGUUGGUAUCCCAGCUACUGUCUGAGUUUGACUAUGACGACCAGCACACUAUAACGUUUAUCUUGGGUAAGCCCGGUGACGAAAGCCGGUUCCUGACGCCGCUGCUAGAGCUGCUCAAGGAAAGCCCGAUCAUUGCUGCUGAGGAAUUGACCAUACGUGCACUUAUUCUGUCGACCAACAGACAGCAUGAUGGAUCUACAGCAGGUACCAAGCCAGGCAUUAUAAACACCAACAAUAAUGCUGACAUGGAACCCACUAACGACGAUAAAGUCCUGAAGGAGCUCGACAAUAACGGGAUGGAAGAGGUCUGCCAACGUUACAACAUCAUGUGCACAGUGGUGGAUGCCUUCCAAGAGAAGCACCCAGAGAAGUUCAUCGAGCACAUGCAAGCGGUACCUCUGAUAGAAUCAUACCUCAUGCGUGACAAGAGUGACCUAAUAAUAACGUUUGACUACUUUGGAGGCGACGGCUCCACAACGGGUGUUGCUGCCUAUGUCGCUGUGACAGCUCUCAAGAAGAAGAUACCUGACCUCAAGGUGUGGACCUUGAGAUCAUUCACUGCGUGGCACAGGUAUUUACCCAUCUACUCUGUGCUGUACCAUAUAGCAAGUCGUCCAUGCUGCAUUCGCGACGCUUUAUUCAAGUCCAUUGAGAAUGUCCAACGUUAUCCAAGUCAGUACUGGUGGUAUACCCCGGUUGUAAGGAUAUUCGAUUCCUAUAGCUAUGUUAAUACUUUUAACGUGUUGUCGUAGUAGUGCUGUGGCAGGCCUGAAGUAUUCUGACCGUAGAGUUACUGUGUAACUGAAAACGUGCAGGUGCUAUUGCUGAUCAUUGAACUACACAAACAGUUAAUAUCGCAUGGUAAAUCGCAA